AUGGUUGAGGAGCCCAAACGUGGAAAUGUACCAAAUCAUCUGCUGGAAACAAAGGUUUAUGCCACAAUGAUGAGAAACAAAGUGAUUCAGGCUCAGCCUCCUGUAUUACAUUUUGGAGGUUAUGAGAUUGGAAAACCUCACCAACAGACUCUGAAAUUGAUCAACAUUUCUUCGGCAGUGAUAAAUGUUCACAUAAUUCCACCUCAGACAAAGUAUUUCCAAAUAAAAUAUUCCAAAAGAAAAUGUCUGGUGCCUGGAAUGUCAUGCACUGUUGCAGUUAAUUUCUGUCCAGAUGAAUGGCGCUAUUACUAUGACUGUAUUCGAAUACAUUGCAUGGGAGAUGAUACACUUCUUGUCCCUGUGCAUUCUUAUCCAGUUGCGAACAUAGCGAAUUUUCCUCCUUACUUAAACUUAACCAAUGUUCCUGUUGGACAACGCAAAGACACAGUCAUACCUUUGAGAUGCAGUUGUCCAGUGGAUUUUGAAUUCCACUUGAAUUGUUUAGAGCUUCAUCAUGCAUUCACAAUUAAGCCAAAAAGAGGCAUAAUUCCAGCUAAUGGGGAAGUGAAUAUUGUUGUCACAUAUUCACCCUCUGAAUAUUCUACAGCUCAAAUAAGAGUGCAGCUCAUUAUUUCACAGUUUAACUCAAAGCCUUAUAACUGUGUUAUUACUGGAACUUCCUCUCCAGGGCUUGCUUUUAAGUAUCAACAAGAAACUGAAAAGGAAGAUGUAUUUACAGCCAAGUUGGUGGACCGCCAAAACCUUUCGCCAGUGCAAGUUUCCAAACAAAAACAAGUGAAAACAUUACAACCAAUCAGCUCUAAGAAAGUAAAGGAAAUUGAGUACCAGAACCUGUGGAUUCCAGUUGAUUUGUCCAAUCCUUAUGCUGUAGCCACUGUGUUGAAUCAGCAGCCAGGCAAACUACGAAUAAAAGAUCUGCGUCAGGCAUUGACUCAUUCUGGCAAAGGAUUGAAAAGCAGACAGACAAAGGAAGCGAUAUAUGAGUUAAAAGUCAAGGCAGAGGUCAUGAAGGAACGUGCAAAUGAGCUGCAAUGGCAGGUACACCUUGGUCAUGAUCCAGUUCCUGCUAAAGUUAAACAGAAGAUCCUGGAUGACAGACUGGUGGCAGAAGAGGAAUAUAAGAUAAGCAGAGGUGACCCUAAAAUGGAAAAUGAAUUCCAAAGAAGGCAGACCCAGACUUCAUUGAGACCUGUUCUACGAGCUGUUGGAAUGGUUCCAAAUUGCAAACUAGGAUUUGAUCCCUAUUCUAAUGAUUAUUGGUUAUCUCGCCAUCGAGCUCUCAAACACUUUCGGGAAGCUGCACGGAAGAUUAUUAUACGAUGCAGAGUAAAUAGCAGGUUGAUUUUGUUGAAGAAGCUUGUUGAAAACCUCAAAAGAAGUAGUGCAAGCAGUUUAAAAGGGAGCACUCUCAGCUUUGGCAACAAUUUGUAUCAGAAUACAGAGGAAAACAGCCUUCCAAACCUUUCCAAAGACAACAUAUUGCCUUACACAUUUCCUUAUUAUGUCCCUCCUGACUGGAUUGAUGAAUUGGCUCCUGAUGCACUUGGAUUGGUGCCUGUGAAUACUUUAGAAGUAACAGUUGAACGUCCAGUUUUAUUCUUCAAUCUAAAGAUUCCUCAGCAUUAUAAAUUAAUGGGAUACCAACGUGAUUCUGCCCAUAAUGCUUCAUCUUCAUAUAUUCCUUUAAAACUGUCACGACCCCUCCGAUCAGGAGCAGAGAAUGAAUUAUACCCAGUGGAAUCAUUAGAGAAAAAGGUUCCUAUAGCUACCACACAUUUGGUAGACUUAGAAGAAUCGCUUAAUCAGGAUUUUUUCCUGAAUCUCACAGUGGAUCCUCAGAAGAAACCAGUUCAUCCCUUGAACUUGUUACCUCCUGAAGGAUUAUUCAAACCGCCUGUUUAUCAUCCACUCUAUGUGCUGAAUUCUGUUCCUGGACUUCAUGCAUACAAGCCCCCUCUUUCAUAUUGUGAAACAGAGCUGGAUUUUCAUAUUUGUCCUUUACCAAAGUACAUCGUCAAUGCAAACCCUCCAGGUGAUGUUAAUCUUCCCAAAACACAGAAGAAAUUCCUCGAUCGAGAUGAAGUAAUUAAAGGUCUAAUGACUUGGAAGAAAUUUUAUUCAACACCUAUUCGAUCUUUAUCCAGCACUGCGACUUUAACCAGCUCAUGGGUGCCACGAUGGAGUGAUCCAUUUUCAACAGAUCUGCUUCCUAUUAAUGCCCCAUCACUAUUGGAUAGUUUACCAGAAGAGGACAAGAAGAAUGUAAUUGAAGGAGCGGAAGGAAAAGUGGAACUAAUACCAGAGAUGCUGAAUGUUGAAUUCACAAAAAUUGAAACUACAAUGGCUUACUUGGGGGAAGACGGGGAUAAAACUGCUGAAGAUCACAGUGAGUUCAAGGCACAACAUCCAGGAGCAACACCUUGCCGUGGACCUAUUCCAAGGGAUGUACGAGAGCAGCAGCUAGAGUGGUUUCUAAGAUUACAAAACAAUCAGCUCGGAUCAAAGUUUCAAGCCAAUAUGAAGCAUCUGAAAAAAAUAUCUUCCAAUAACUUUCUACUCCUUCCAUGAGUCCUGGUUUCAGUUACAUGCUGCAAAGACUGUUCAUCAGAGAAAUAUUGUUAGCCUACUGUAAACCAAAUGCAGUGAUAAGCUUGUAAUAUUUGCAAUCUUCUCUUUAGAGAUAACUUGUGUGAGUAAAAUAUACUUUGAAAAAGACCGUGGUUAUUAGAGGCAUUCCAAGAGUUAGUUAUUACAGUUUUGUAAUAUUACUAUUUGGAUAUUUAAUAUACAUCAUUGAA